AUGGCCGCGCCGUCCGAGAAUGCUUCCGAUUGUUCUGUUAGCUAUGACGUCAUUGAAGAUUUAGCUGGACAAAAUAUAACGGAGGAGGUUGUGGCUAUAUGGCCGUGCGAACUUCGGUCAUUUUGGGAAGAGAUUCUUCCGUUUGUGGAUCUAGUCCGUUUCUUGCUCUCUUACGGUACUUCACUGAUUGUGUUGGUGGGCGUAAUGGGCAAUAUUUUGUCCUUUAUUGUGCUAACGCAGCGGCAGAUGAGAUCAAAUGCACAGAACGUAUACUUGUCAGUUCUAGCCAUCUAUGAUACAUGCACCCUCGUUUUUAAUUUCAUGGUCGGAAUAAUGCGAGGGAGUAGCUCGCAAGAUAUAAACAGGACUUUCCAAGAAAGUGAAGCGUUAUGUACGCUGCAUGGUGUUGUUGUGGAACUAUUUAAUAUUCUCUCCGUUUGGAUAUUAGUUGCUUUCACCGUGGAGCGGUUUAUUAUGUUCAAAUUCCCUUUGAAGUAUAAACCGUCUUUGAAAAAUACAUAUAUAACUGUCACAGUUGUUUCGGUCCUUGUUGCGCUUAUCUCCCUUCAUAAAAUUGCGGUUUCUGGAUUCGAGGGAGAUUCCGUGUAUGGCUAUAAAGCUUGCAAAACCAGGCGAAAAAUCUUCAAAGAAAUAAUAUAUCUGUACGUAGCUCUCAAUACAUGGCUACCAACGACUUUGAUAACUUGCGUAAACCUCGUAAUUAUCCAUGAAAUGCGUUUGAACCGUCGGCGUCGGGACCAGUUAACGCAAUCCAUUAUGUCGGGAGCAGACGAUAAAACAACAAGAUUACUCUUGCUUGUAUCUACCCGAUACGUACUUCUUGUGUUACCAUUGGGAGUUGUGCAGACGACCGAACUUAUCUGGAACGGAAGUAUGGCCGUUCUUACUGGAAACGCCGGUUACGUAGAUUUCAUGGUUACCAAAAUCAGACUGAAAUGGACGAGGGCUUUUUUCUUUUUCUUCUACCAGUUCAAUUUUGCGAUCAAUUUCUUUCUGUACCUAAAAUCGUCAUCAGCGAAGCAAUUCCGGUUUUACCUGAGGCAAGUUCUUGGAAUGAAACAAGGGCAAUCAUUGACCUUCAUUACAGAACUUCAUCUCUGUUAA